CAGGCAUCAAGUCAUUUGGCUCGACAGCGAGCACCGCGUCAUCUGGCAAGGCAGUGGGCUCCGAGUCAACUGGCAUGACCGCGGGCACCGGGGCAGACAUUGAAUCGUCUGGCUGGACAGCGGGCAUCGGGUCACCAGGCAUCAGGUCAUUUGGCUCGACCCGCGGGCACCGCGUCAUCUGGACAAGGCAGUGGGCUCCGAGUCAACUGGUAUGACCGCGGGCACUGGGUCAGACAUUGGAUCGUCUGACUGGACAGCGGGCAUCGGGUCACCAGGCAUCAGGUCAUUUGGCUCGACAGCGGGCACCGCGUCAUCUGGCAAGGCAGUGGUCUCCGAGUCAACAGGCACGACAGUGGGCACCGGGUCAUCAGGUACCGGAUUGUCUGGCUCGACAGCGGGCAUCGGGUCAUCAGGCAUCAGGUCAUCUGGCAAGGCAGUGGGCACCGAGUCACCAGGUACGACAGCAGGGCUCUGAGUCAAUUGGCACGACAGCGGGCACCGGAUCAGGUACCGGAUCAUCUGGAUCAACAGCGGGCAUCGAGUCAACUGGCCUAAUAGGAUCGUCAGGCUGGAUCAGUUCAUCAUGCUGGGUAGAGGCAUUAGGCCGAGU